AUGGCUAAGGAUUGGAAAGUGUAUAUCCCUCAAGAAUACAUCCGUUUGGUGAUGGAUUUUGAGAAAUUGAGGAUGUAUCCUUGGGGUCUUCGCGCUUAUGAUGAGCUGAUUGCAUCAAUACUCAGAGCAAGAGAAGAUGUGCAUACGAAGAACAGCUACGUGUUGGAUGGAUUCUCAAAUGUGUUUCAGAUAUGGAUUAUGGAGGCAAUUCCAGACAUUGGUUCUAUGGGAGAGGUGUUCACAUUUAUAUCAUCUACUGGUGAUUUCGAUGUGAUUGAUAAUACUGAGUUCCUUAGGGAAGAUGAAAAGAAGGACGAAAGAGUUGGUCGUAUUGUUGAAUUGAUCAAUGCCAAACAAGAUUGGACGCAUUUCGAUUGGGAAGUUGAGUCUUUGCCUGCAUAUAUGGACCUUUCUGAUUCAGAACAAGAUGAACCGGCUGAUGUUGCAGAGGAACCGUCUGUUGUUGCAGAGGAACCGACUGUUAUUGCAGGGGAACCGGCUGUUGCUGCGAAAAGAGGCAAGCGCAAGCUAAUUGAUCCUGGUGCCGAGUCUCGAAAGAAACAACUGCUUUGUCAACGUGCGGCUGAACACAACAGUGGUGUCCCUAGUGAAAUGAAGACCUUCAUUGAAGAUUUGUUCACCGCUUCUUUCAACUCUUUUAAGGAAGUGGUGCAGAAGGACAUCCAUGAGCGUUUUGACAACGUUGCCAAUGAGGUGGCUCAACUCAAGGAACAAGUCUCUCAGAUUAAGGGUCUAUCGGAUACAGUGGGAAAAGGCAACGCAUCUGAGAUUCUGUCUCCUUCAGCAACACUUGGGAAAGACCAAGGACCAUCAUCUCAUAGUACGGGUCCUCCCGCAGCAAAGGGAAAAGGCAAGGCAUCUGCAAAUGUGGAUCCUCGGCCAGUAAGAGAGAAUUUGACCAAAUCAUCGAGAUGUGUAGAUAAGGGGACCCAAGACACUUUACAAGAAGCCAUGGGAAACUUUUCUCAAGCAUCUCAUGUUAAAGGUUUUGAUCCUUCACAACAUCUGGAUGGUGAUGAACCAGCUGACUUUGCCACUCCACUGUCUUCAUUUAAGCCUGCGGAUUGGAGACCACCUACUCUGAAAGACGUGGACUCACAUGAGGACCGGAUACAUGAUCCCGAUUACUCACUAGUGUUUGUCCCUGAGGAAUUAUGGGCCAAACUUGUUGACUGGACCAAAACUUUCAAGUAA